CUGAUUUUCAAAACCCACAGCCCAAAGAGCAAUUACUGCAGGAGAUAAAAAAAAAAAACUCACCUGCAAAUCUCUCCGAGCAAAAGAGUAACCGGAAUCAAUGGCCGCCGCCGCCGCGAGCUCCUCCGCCGUCGUCAGGGCGACGCCGUUCCUGGGGCAAACCAAGACCGCCAAUCCUCUCAGAGAUGUUGUCUCCAUGGGAAAUGGAAAAUACACCAUGGGUAAUGAUUUGUGGUACGGACCUGACCGGGUCAAGUACUUGGGGCCGUUUUCAGCUCAGACUCCGUCGUACCUGACCGGAGAAUUCCCCGGCGACUACGGCUGGGACACCGCCGGUUUGUCGGCUGAUCCCGAGGCCUUUGCUAAGAACAGGGCUCUUGAGGUCAUCCACGGGAGGUGGGCUAUGCUAGGAGCAUUCGGUUGCAUCACACCCGAAAUCCUCCAAAAAUGGGUGGGCGUCACUUUGAAGGAGCCCGUUUGGUUCAAAGCCGGGUCACAAAUCUUUUCUGAGGGCGGUUUGGACUAUUUAGGAAACCCCAACCUCGUCCACGCGCAGAGCAUCCUAGCCGUUCUUGGAUUCCAAGUCUUGCUAAUGGGAGCCGUUGAAGGGUUCAGAAUCAACGGUCUAGAUGGAGUCGGAGAUGGCAAUGACCUCUACCCAGGGGGUCAGUAUUUUGACCCCCUCGGUUUGGCUGAUGACCCCGUCACUUUUGCGGAGCUCAAAGUGAAGGAGAUCAAGAACGGGAGAUUGGCUAUGUUCUCCAUGUUUGGAUUCUUUGUGCAGGCGAUUGUGACAGGAAAGGGGCCGUUGGAGAAUUUGUUGGACCACCUUGAUAACCCCGUUGCGAAUAAUGCGUGGGUUUUCGCGACCAAGUUCGCGCCUGGAUCGUAGAUUUUGAUGAAAGAGAUCGAACCUCGAUCUUGAAUGUUUUGAUUGAAUGCAAGACGUGUAAUUUUUAUUGCAUCAUUUGUUCAUAUUAUCAUCCAUCACCUGAUUUAUUCAAUUUUCAAUGACGAAGUUGUUCAUUAUGUC